AUGGACAAAGAGGACAUCGAGCAGUCCAGUGACUGCUCGCGCUUUGGAGCCAUCAACCAAGCGAACAUGAAAGCUGGGCGCGGCCUCAGGACGACGGGCAUGGCGGCAUGUACGUGCAAGCACGAGUUCUGGCAACCAAAUGGCAUCACGACGCUACGCAAAGGAGAACGAUAUCUUAGCAUCGACUAUGUGUUCUGUGGUGCGAUGAGGCACAGUCGUGCGCCGACCGUUCUGGUCACGUAUGACAUAGCUUGUCAAUGGCACAAGAAACUGCGCGAACGUCUCGAGAAGAUACCCAAGGAGCGCGAGAUCUACGCUGGCGCGAUGGUGAUGCUCGACGUCAUCUUGAAGGAUAAGGCUUUGUUCUGUGUGCCGAAGUUCCACCUCUACGCGCACAAGAUGCUGUGCCAAAUCAGCUACGCCAUUGGCUGGUCUGUCGGCACGGGGGCGCUCGAUGGGGAGGGACCCGAACGUUGCUGGUCUGGUACGAACAGUGCCGCGUCUAGUCCUCGCGAGAUGGGCCCUGGCACUAUGCACGAUACGAUGGACGACAUUUGUGGAUGGUGGAACUGGGCAAAGGUGUGCGGCAUCGGUUUGGCUCUCGCGGAGCGUAUGUGGCGCGCGGUCAUGGAGGGACGGACGCAGAGCGCUAUCUCCACAGAGUUCACAGACGCUCUCAAAUCAGAAGACCCGCAGGCGGUGGAGAAGUGGACGAAGAAGGCGGAGACGUGGGAGGCCGCACCGAAGAAGAACAAGAACCCCUAUCAACCGGAGAAAAAAACGGCGACUAUCAAGCAGAUUCAAUUGGAGACGGUGCGCGCCCAAGGGCAGUCGACGACGAACCUUGCGUCUCAGGCUGGUAUUGCCGACGCAUCGGGUAUCAGCGGUGCGGCGUCGAGCUUGCGUGCUGCGCUCGAUCACGACACGGCGACCGACAGCGAGAAGAGCGCUAAGAGAGGGAAAGGACGGAGGAAAACAGCGGUGAAGAAACGCGCCACGACUGCGUCUGGCAGUGCCACCACGAGUUCGACGGCGAACGCGGAUGCUACCACCGAGUCUUCGCGGACCAACAUAGAGCCAGUGGCGACCGACGCUUCCUGUGCUGGUGACGCGACGAAGGACGACGCUGAUAAUGGCCAGGGCGGCGAAGUAGGGCUCAACACCAAACGUAAAGCGCCCGAAAACGACGGUGACGCCUACGCGCUCCCAGCGGCUGUGAACCGGACUGAGUCGGAGGAAGAUGGGCAUGGAGACGCGUAUGUCGGAGAGGAAGCUGCCGUGGACAUAGACGAAGCAGUGGCGCAGGCGAAACUCAUGCUGCUUGCGUUAAAGAUCGAGAGCGACCAGUAUCGUUUGGACAAGAAGCUAGACGAGAAUGGCGACACUCUAACGCGGACCACUUCCAGGACGAAGGCCUUGAACGCGUUGGUGCGCGACAUCGAGAAGUUUCGCGACGAGCAAGAGCAUCUGAUGCCGCGCCUGCAUGCAACGUUAUCGACGGAGGAGCGCAACCCCGAACGCUCAACGGCGCUAACGAUGAAACUCUGGCUACCUUCGGAUGUGGAUGCCACGGACGACUGUGCACCGCGCGCCCUCCGCGCCCUUGAGAUCCGUGUACGAUGGGCCGCCAUGUCAGACGAGCUGGGGAACCUGAUGCAUCAGUUGCGUUUGCGCGGCUGCUUGAAUCGGUUCAAGAUCAUGAACAUCUCGGGUCAGAGGGCAAACACCCGGGCGCGAACAGCACAGGAUGCGGUGGAUGCGAACGUGAAAGCCGCCGCCAACGCAUACAGGCGUCAUCGUUCGGCCUACUUCAAUCUCGUCGGUCCAGGCGAUUGGCAGAAGACGAUGAGGACACUGGCGGAUAGCGACUGCCGUGGCCUGGGAGACCGUCUCAUUGAGCAGAUUGAAGGCAUGUCGGUCAAGCAGGCACGAGAGUUUGUCGCGUUGCGGAAGGGUAGCGCAUCGUCGGGCGAGACCAAGGACAAGCUGCCUUGGAUCUGGUAUAGGAAGGGGAACCCGGAGGACGGUGAUGGGUUGAAGAUCACCGAUGAGUUGAUGCUCGAAUGGCUGAAGAAUCGUGCGCGGGCGCGGAACUGGGCGGAGGAAGUGUGGACCGUGGAUGAAGAAAUGGGGCGGGUUCUGCGCUUCAACGAAUCCAUGGCGCGUAUCUGGGAGGAACGGUGCUACUCUACUAUCCUGGAUGGCGAGACACCCGACGUACCGGAGGAAGCAGAGGUGGCUGGCGCGGACCACUCUCCGCACGUGGACGCUACGGCACCAUCGAGCGGCACUCGGGGCACUGAGGCGCCUUCAAGCAGCACAGUUGCGAGUGUUGCGGCCUCGAGCGGCGAUUGGUGCUUUGCUCCCUGGGCAGCUGGUUUACGGACGAAGAUCGCGCGCGAUGCGGUACAGUCUUGGCAUGCGGAUGAGGCUUGGGCGAACGGCGUACGGGCGUACGCGUUGCAACAGGCUUGGAUUCGGCGCCGUCAGGCCUCUUUAUGGGAGGAGCAGUUCGGGAAGGCGAGGGAGGAGGGACGCGCAUUCAUGAAGGACCAUCGGGUGGACGGAUUAUGCACAGCGGCCUUGGUGGCUAUCCCGAGCGAUAAGGAGCGAGCGGAGCUUAAGAGGAAGACGAGGCAGGGCUGGCACACGCUGCUGGCAUCUGAUUAG